AUGGCUGCUAAUGGUGUAAUUUCACCAUUAAAUGAACGCCCGGCCAGCCGCGACAGCGAGCCCGCGCGAGGCCGCCGGUCGACGUGCGCCUCCUCGUGGCCAACCGGGACGGAGAGCGAGGCGUUGCGGUGCACCGCCCGCCAACCUCUAAGCCUCGGCGACCCAGACCUCCCCGUGCCUCCGCUCGACCCCGACGCCCGCCAGGCCGCCGCGCACCGGCCCGUGCGGCCGCGCGCCCCGAGCUCCGGGCAAGCCUCUGGCCGUCGGGCUCGGGCGCCAUCGCCGCUGGCAGAGCUUCGCCGCCGCGCAUCUGCCGCCGUUCGACGCGCCCCGCCACCCCCCGCCCGCGGCCUCGUUCGCCUGCGCCGCCCCCCCCGCCGCCCGCGCCCUCGAGAUCCGCCGGGCUACGGAAUCGACACCGCGGCAUCCUCGCCUUCUUCUCCCUCCCAAAACCCCUAA